GUCUUCAUUGAUGUUUGUAACUAAUAGAAGUGAUGUUAAUACUUUAGUUAGUUGGCAUUGAUGUUAAUACUAGCAUUUACUAGAGCAAUACUAGUUAAUACUUUUGUUAGUUGGCAUUGAUGUUUGUAAGUAAUAGAAGUGAUGUUGAAUUGAUAAAAAGAUUGCGCGUGGUUGAGUUAGGUAGUUUAAUGAGUUGCUUUGUUUUUGAAAAUGAAUUGAACCCGUGUUAUAAGUAGAAUUGAUUGUCUCUUUAAUGUGUUGAAGAGAAUUGAAUUGUGGAUAAUAAAUGAUAGAUGUCAACUCGAAUGUGUUUGUUGUUAGUUGUUUAGAGUCUUUAAAACUCUGCCAUUAAAGAAAGGCAAAACGCCUUCCUUCUUUCAAUCUUCCAUCUUUAAAACUGCUUCCUUCUUUCCAUCUCCAAGAGAUUUCUCACCUCAUUCACUUCGGAAAUGGAUUUCAAUCCAUUUACUCAGCCUUCAAACUUUGUUGAUCUGCUUAGCAGUCAACAAAAUGUUGUCUUCGGUAACUUAUCAGAUAGUGUAGGGCAAUCUUCCUCCCAAGUUCCCUUCUUAGGAAGUCAAGGCACCGAGGACAGUCCACCAGUGCGUAAAGAAAGAAGGACGUGGACGCCUGAAGAUGAUGUGGUGCUCAUCAGCUCGUGGUUAAACACGAGCAAGGAUCCCAUAGUAGGGAAUGAGCAAAAGUGUGAUGCCUUCUGGAAAAGAGUAGCUGCAUACUACUCUGCUAGUCGAAAGGGCUCUGAUCAUAGAGCAUUAUCUCACUGCAAGAACCGUUGGCAGAAGAUCAAUGACCAUGUAUGCAAGUUUUCCGGAGCAUAUGAUGCUGCAACCAGACAGAGAACCAGUGGGCAAAAUGAGAAUGAUGUUCUCAGACUAGCCCACAUAAUCUACUUCACGAAAGUGAAAAAGAAGUUCACUCUUGAGCAUGCUUGGAAAGAGUUGCGUCAUGACCAGAAGUGGUGUUCCCUGUCUACUGCUAAAAAAGAUGGAAGCUCGAAGAAGAAGAGGUGUGAGGAUGGUUCAGAAUCAGCAAACUCUAAAGCAACAGAAGAAGAUUCUUCUCUUCAUGAUGAAUCAACAAAACGUCCCAUGGGUGUUAAGGCAGCAAAGAAAGCCCUUAAAGAAAGGCUGUCUAAGAAGACAGUGGAUGAUGGGAAGGAGCUAUCUGAUUUUCAGACAAUGUGGGGCAUCAAGAUGAAGGAUUUAGAGGUGAAAGAAAGGAUGUCCAAGAUAAAUGAAAGGAAGUCCAAGAUGAAGCUACUUGCCAGUCUCUAUGCUAAACAAGAACCUCUUGCGGAUUAUGAAGAAGCUUUGAAGAAGAAACUCAGUGAAGAGUUGAUGUGAAAGAAUGGAGCAUACGUGUGGUGUUGGAGCAUGCGUGUGGUGUUGGAGCAUCCAUUUUCUGUUGUGUUUUGUUAGUUUCUAUCACGGAUUGUACUUGUUUCCUUUUAUCUUGUUUGCUUGUAUCACGGAUUGUAGAGUGCUUAUGCUUCUGUCAAUGUUCUUGUUUGUUUGUGUCACAGACAUGUAUUAUGACUCUUGUAUGAAUCUUGUUUGCUUGUGUCACAGAUAUGUACUUGUUUCAUUCUCUCUUGUAUGCUUCUCUCUUUAUAAAUACAUCGUGCUUCUCAUUUAAUCUCAAACCAACAUAUUUUCUCAUCUCAUCUCUUAUCUCAAAACACCAACCUUUGUUCUUUACUCAUUUAAUCUCAAGUUUUCUUUUUAAUCUCAUUUACUCAUAACUCGUCUUCUCUCUUUAAUCACCAUAUAUAUGGCUUCUUCAUCUCAAAACACUUUAGAUGAUGCAUUUGAUGAAAAGUUUGAUCAAAAAUUUGAUCAAGCCUUUGAUCGAGUCCUUGAGAAUUUAACCAUCCGUGCUGAUCAAGAAGAACGAAAGAAGAAAAGGAAAAAACGAGCUUAUAUCGAAAGAAAUCGGGAGGAAGGAAAUGUACGUUUAUGGAAUGAUUAUUUCAGUGAAACUCCAACAUAUUCUGAUAAUCAGUUCCGACGACGUUUUAGAAUGAACAGGCCAUUAUUCACGCACAUUGUGAAUCGACUUGCCAAUGAAGUUGACUUCUUUCGUCAAAAGAUAGAUGGUCUCGGAAGGUCUGGUCUCUCAACACUCCAAAAGUGUACAGCAGCCAUUCGUUUAUUGGCAUAUGGUAGUGCGGCUGAUACGGUCGACGAAUACCUUCGGCUCGCUGAAACUACAAGUCGGUCAUGUUUGGAGAAUUUUGUGGAAGGAAUAAUUCAAUUGUUCGGCGAUGAGUACUUAAGAAGACCAACACCGGCUGAUCUUCAACGUCUACUUUAUAUUGGAGAGAUACGUGGAUUUCCCGGGAUGAUAGGAAGCAUCGACUGUAUGCAUUGGAAGUGGAAGAAUUGUCCCACCACUUGGAAAGGGCAAUAUUCUCGAGGUUCGAGUAAACCAACUAUCGUUUUAGAGGCGGUUGCUUCAUAUGAUCUCUGGAUAUGGCAUGCAUUUUUUGGACCUCCAGGUACCUUAAAUGAUAUAAAUGUUCUUGAUCGUUCACCUGUUUUUGAUGACAUAAUUAACGGUCAAGCUCCGCAAGUCACUUACUCCGUCAAUGGAAGAGAGUAUCGUUUGGCUUAUUAUCUCACCGAUGGUAUUUAUCCGAAAUGGGCAACUUUUAUCCAAUCUAUUCCACUACCACAAAGUCCGCAAGCAGUUUUAUUUGCUAAACGUCAAGAAGCUGUCCGAAAAGAUGUCGAGCGUGCUUUUGGAGUCUUGAAAGCUCGCUUUGCUAUUGUUAAAAAUCCAGCACUUUUUUGGGAUAAAGUCAAAGUUGGAAAGAUUAUGAGAGCAUGUAUCAUACUCCAUAAUAUGAUAGUAGAAAAUGAACGGGAUGAUAUGAUAGUAGUAGACGAACAAGAUGUAUACACUCAUUAUGAUGUUUCAGGGUUCCAACAAGGAGAAGACACCGGAAGUUCAGAUAUCGAUCUCACGUUUUCUACAGAUACCCCUUCAAGGAUCACUGAUAUGAUGCGUAUGGAAACUACAAUUCGUGAUGGACAAAUGCAUCAACAACUGAAAGCUGAUUUGGUAGAAAAUAUAUGGCGUAAAUUUGGACAUGAUGGAGACAACAACUGAUCUCGGGACAAGAUUUCAAAUUAUUCUCGUUUAUUUAUUAAUGUUUGUUUUUAUGUUUUUAUUUAAAUCUAUGUUUUAAAUGUUAUCUUUUAAUAUGUUUUAUAUAAUAAAUAAAUAAAUUUUAUCUUAAAUAAA